AUGGAGUUGUUGACACCGUCCUCUUCUUUCCCACAGGACCCUCAAAUGACCUGGCAGGACUCAGGUGAUGUCCUUCAAGGCAUCAUGGUCGGCCCUGAUGCCCACCACCCACCAACUCUAACUAUGGGCGAUUCAGCCUCAACAUUACUCGACCUCCACCUAAACACAGACCUCUCAUCUCUCGAGGCCCAUCCUCCCACUCACAACCACUCCUUCCUGGGCCCGUGGUCCUCCUCCUCAUCCACUGAGCAAAACUUCUACUACCCCCACCACUACCCCUCCCGACUCACAGGCGCUCAGGAUGCUUGGAAUCCGCUACAAGUCACCGGCGUUCCAUCAUCCGGGAUGUCUCAUUUAAACGUCUCACCGGGGGGUGAUGACUAUGCCUUCCAAAAACCCCACUAUCGGACCCCGUCUGAUAGCGGGAGUCAGUAUAUGGGCAGCUUGAUCUCGGGUGACUCCGGGUAUGCAAGUAAUAAUGGCGCACCUCAGUCUGUUGUUGCUUCUUCUUAUGGUAUGGACUCGAGUCCGCAUCUUAGUGCUAAGGAACAUGACUUGAAGUUUGGCGAGGCUUUGGCUUUUUAUGAUCAGCAACAGCAGCCUCAUGGUAUGGGGGUUGGGAAUAUGUUUAUGAAGGAUGAUUGUUCUUCGCUUUCGCUUGAGUCGGUUAAGUGUGAUCAUCCUGCUUGUUCGUGGAUUGGGAAAUGUCCUUCUGAUAAGAGGAAACACGAAGCUCGCCACCGGAAAUCCUUCAAAUGUGACGAGGCAAACUGUCCCCGGAAAGAGGGCUUCGGCACCAUCAACGACCUUGCCCGCCACAAGAAAUGCGUUCAUAAUAAAGAACCCGAGCGCGGGCCGAAGAUGAUGUACCUCUGCUUUGGCAAGAACUGUCCACGUCCCAACAAGCGCUGGCCUCGGCUGGAUAACUUCAAACAACAUCUGAGCCGCAUGCACCACGAAGAAGACGCGGAUGCACUACUCAAGAAGUCUAUGGACUGGUACGAGAGUGUGACUGGUCAUCGCGGCCAGAAGAUCGAAGACACCUCACAGGAUGAUUCGAUGCUGGACAUCCCGCAUGAUAUGAUGUCCACGCAUUCUGGAGACCUAGAUGCCGAUGGGGAUAUUGCCGAGUCAUAUUGCAGUUACGAUGCAGUGGAUUUCCCAUCUUCUCGUGAUCCAACGCCGAGACCAUUCCAGAGCACACAACACCUUGAAGUCUCUCCCAUCCAACAACAUUCACAAUUCUUGUCCCCGCCUCGAGCGAGUGACAGCCGCAUCGAGCGAAGCAACGCCAACCCCGAAACAUUCGUAUCCGAUGCCGCAGAUAACUUAAUCACCGCCAUGACGAAGAAAAUGAACAACCGCCACCAAAGACAAAGUCACAACAGCGACGAAGGAAUCGAGCUCGAGCCUGAGAAUCCAAAUCUAUCUCAACCUCAGCGUCAGAUUCUUCAGAAAGUACUAUUAGCAGCCCUCGACCGAUUAUCAGACGACGCCUCAGCCUCAGUCUCAGUCCCACCCGCGCCAGUCCUCGUCCCAGUCCCAGUACCGGCCGAAAUCAAACAAGAGGGAUUCCAAUGUGAUCUUUGUCCUAAACGAACUCGUCUCCGCUGCGAAAUGAAAAAGCACCAAAAACGCCACGAACGACCAUACGGCUGCACAUUUCCCCACUGCGCAAAAUCAUUCGGCAGCAAAGCAGACUGGAAACGACACGAGAGCUCACAACACCUCCACAUCACGAGCUGGUUGUGUAAUUCAGAUUCGGGUUCGGAUUCACACGAGGACGGCUCCGACUCAUGCGGCCGAAUCUUCUACCGCGAAGAAACCUACAUCCAACACUUAACCCAGUCCCACCACAUCGCGAAAGCGAAAUUAAAAUCCACCCUGAGCACGACUCGUCUCGAUCUUGCGGAUUCACGCCAUUUCUGGUGUGGGUUUUGUAAUCGAUCUAUAUAUUUGACUCCCGGGGUUGUUGGUGCGGCGGCAUUGGAUGAGAGGUUUAAUCAUAUUGAUGUUGAGCAUUUUAAGAAGGGGGAGCGUGGGGGGGGAUUGGUGUUUUCCUUCGAGGACGAGUAUUGGGGGGUGGGGAUGAAGACGGGGAAGAUUGAUGUG